GUGGUAGCGCCGUUAUUCGAUGAAGUCAAGAAUGGCCGAGUUGGAGUCGUUGCUCACAAACCUGUAAACGAAAGAUCAAGCAAAGAUGAGGAAGUUAGUCGCUAUCGGUGGCUCUAUUUUGUUUUUCUGUCUGAUUUUCUCCAUGUAUUUGGUUCUGGAUCAGUUCAGUAGAGAAUUUGAAGAAGAUGAACUGAUAAAAAAGACUAAGCAUACUUCACAGUCAAUAGGAAAAAUGGAGCAAGCAAUUCAAAAUUUGGAAGAAAGGAUGUCUGAUUCAAAAAAUGUUAUGAACAAAUUUGCUGUUACUGUGGAGAAGGAUCAUGAAAAAGUCGUUGUCAAACCAGAUAGACGUGAUGAUACAGUAAUAAUGAAUCAUCCAAAAAACGUGAGACCAGCAAAGAAACAAACACAUAGAAAUAACAACAUGUGCAAAUUUUCAGAUGCCCCGUCUGGAAACUCUGCCGAUGUUAAGAUGCUUGACGUGUAUGAUGAGCUACCGUUUGUCAACCCCGAUGGAGGGGUAUGGAAGCAAGGCUGGGAUGUGAAAUAUAAGGAUGACGCAUUUGACAAAAACGAAUUGUUGAUAUUCGUUGUUCCACAUUCCCACAAUGAUCCAGGGUGGCUGAGAACCGUUGAUCAAUAUUACGAGGUGCAAACGCGACAUAUUCUCGAUAAUGUUGUCGAUGCUUUGUCGCAAAACAGGCGUCGUAAGUUCAUCUGGGCCGAAACGUCGUAUUUUUCGAUGUGGUGGAAAGAUGCGGACGAAAAGAGAAAACGACAGGCAAAAAGUCUAAUCAACAACGGACAGCUAGAGAUCGUCACAGGUGGCUGGGUUAUGAACGAUGAAGCGAAUACUCAUUACUACGCUAUGAUUGACCAGCUCCUCGAGGGUCAUCAGUGGUUGGAAACACAUAUUGGAGUAAAACCAUCCCAUGGUUGGGCUAUCGAUCCAUUCGGACACACGCCAACAAUGGCCUAUAUUCUCAAACGUGCAGAUUUUAAAGGCAUGUUGAUACAGAGAACACACUAUGCAGUCAAGAGAUAUCUUGCAAAGAGAAGGGACCUCGAAUUCAUGUGGAGGCAAAACUGGGAUAAAGGCUCAUCAACGGACAUGUUUUGUCACAUGAUGCCAUUCUACAGUUAUGAUGUUCCUCACACCUGUGGCCCAGACCCCAAGGUUUGCUGUCAAUUCGAUUUUCGGCGUCUGCCUGGCGGCGGAAUGUUCUGCCCGUGGAUGGUGGCGCCGGUCGAAAUCGGCGACCACAAUGUGGCCGAAAGAGCGACGACCUUGCUCGAUCAGUAUCGCAAAAAAGCACAACUCUACAAGAAUAACAUCGUUUUAGCCCCCCUGGGUGAUGAUUUCCGAUACGACGUCAAGUUUGAGGUCGAUAAACAAUUCUAUAACUAUCAGCGACUGAUUGAUUACGUCAACACUCACCCGGAACUAAAAGCAAAGAUGCAAUUUGGUACACUGGGUGAUUAUUUCAAUGCUAUCUGGAAGCGGACGGGGGCUAAACCAGGUGAAAAACCAAACGGCCAUGUGUCACUUGGUGGUGACUUUUUCACUUAUGCGGAUAGGGACGAUCAUUACUGGAGUGGCUACUAUACCUCUCGAUCAUUCUACAAACACAUGGAUCGCGUCUUAGAGGCCUAUCACAGAGCUGCAGAAAUUAUCUUUACGUUGGCACACGCACACGUUAAAGCAGACAGACCUGGCCGAGAUUGGUCAAACAAUUUGUUUAUAAGACUUGUACAAAUCAGAGCUGAUCUUGGUCUGUUUCAACACCAUGAUGGCAUCACAGGCACUGCCAAAGAUCACGUAGUCAUAGAUUAUGGAGAAAGAUUGUUAAAGGCUAUCAGAUCGAGUCAGCUUGUUAUUGAAAAGGCUGCACAUGUGCUGCUGAGCAGAGGCAAACCUAAGUUAAAUGAUGCGGCUCCAUUUCACUUUAUUGAUACAAGAAUGGGUCAAGGCGAUAUUCCGAUUAACGAGCUUGUUAUUGUCUCAAAUCAACCGAGAACUGUUGCUGUUUACAAUUCAUUGACGAAAACAAGAAAACAAGUCGUCACGUUCCAUGUUUCCGAGCCUUUAGUCCAGGUUGAAGAUGAUAAAGGAACAGUUGUCGACUGCCAAACGAGUGUAAUCUGGAGCCGACAACAGCGUCCAAAUUUCAAGAAAUAUGAGCUAACUUUUGUUGCCACAACUCCCGCUCUUGGUAUCUCAACUUAUAAAAUCAAGCGAAGCAAGUCUGUUUCCGCUGCGCAGAUCGAAUAUAUGAACGGAGAUCUGCCAAACAAUAUUGACCCUGUUUUUGGACUGAAGAAAGGCAAGGUUGAUGAUAUUGUGCUUCGGAAUCACUAUUUAGAAGCUGUUUUUGAUACGGGCGUUGGAUUGCUAAAGACUGUGGCAUUAGCAUCGAAUAAAGAUGAGCGAAUCAAAAUGGAGGUGAAGUACAUGACAUACGGAACCAGAAACCAAAUGGACAAAAGUGGGGCCUACUUGUUUCUGCCUGAUGGUGCUGCUAAUGAAAUCACUGUGUCAAACCCACUGGUGAUUGUCACAAGAGGAAAAGUGUACAGCGAAGUUCGUGUCCAGCUGCAGUAUGCAACUGCCAUUUCAAGAAUUUAUCAUGUUGAUGUUGAUGAAGCCCAGGCAAUUGAAAUAAAGAAUCUUGUUGACAUCAGGGAAUCCUUCAACACGGAACUGAUAAUGAGAGUUGAAAGUGGAAUAAAUAAUGUUGACAAAGAAUUCUUCACUGAUCUUAAUGGCUUCCAGAUGCAACGUCGAAAAACCUUAGACAAGUUGCCAAUGCAGGCGAACUUCUACCCGUUGCCUGCUACUGCGUUUUUACAAGAUACAAGAAGACGACUGAGCAUUCUAACAGCACAGUCAAAUGGAGUGGCAAGUCUUUCAAAAGGCGCAAUAGAGGUUGUUUUGGACAGGAGGCUAUUUCAAGAUGACAACAGAGGUCUUGGUCAAGGUGUGACUGACAACAAAGUAACGCCAUCAAACUUUCUGCUUCUGCUAGAGAAUUUUGAAAAGAUUCGUUCUAAGAGUCCAAAGCCAAUCCCAACAGCAUACCCAUCACAAAACAGCAUCGCCUUGCUUCAAAGGCUGCAGCAUCAGCAAUACCUGAUGACAACACCAUCUGGCAUUUUGGACACCGCCACAUAUCUGCCUUCAUACCAAGGAUUGCAUUCGACUUGGCCAUGUGAUCAGUUCCUACUUAAUCUGAGAACAUUAGGCAAGGAAACAGACGAGGCAGAUUCAAAGGCAGCACUACUAAUACAUAGGAUUGGCUAUGACUGUAACUUUGAGCAUGUUUGUGAAGCAGACAACCAAAAGGUAACCUUUGCAGAGUCGUUUGAGCCAUUAGCAGUCAAGUCUUUAGAAGAAAUGUCAUUAACUUUGAUGCACAGAAAAGCAGAUGUGAGCCCUAAUAGUUUUAUUGAAAUUGAACCAAUGGAAAUAAAAACGUAUAAAAUAGAUUUGAAUUAAGAACAAGGACUUAAUUAGAUGACAAAUUUCUACUGACCUUCAACCCUGACCUUCUGACCUUUCACUCUGACCUUUGUUUGGGUCAUUACAUAAACUUGAUAUGUAUAAAGCUGUAAUCUAAUUGCUUUUAUAAGUAAAUAUAAUGAAAUUUUGGCUUUAUUUAUGUAGCGACUAGCAGCUGAUGUUUUACCCUAAUCGUUGACCUUUUGGUCACGUGGCUUAAGAAGUUUUGUAUCUAUGACGUCCUUGACACCUGAUUGUUGACCCGACAAUGUUGAGGUUAAUUUAAUUUGCGAGUAGUAUUUUAUUGAUAAGCCGUUAGCUUUUGUUUGCUGGUUUCAUUUCAAGAUGUUGACAUCUUGUUAAUAUCGUCAAAGAAAUUAAAGAAGAGCAAUCAAUUUUUUAAAAAACGUGUGUCCGGUCAGUGAGCUGUUGUCUUUGACCUUUGGUCUUUGAUCGUUGGUCUUUGACCUUUGGUCUCUGACCCUUGAUCUCUGACCUUUGGUCUUUAUAGCCUCUAACUGCUAUUGCUAACGGAUUUUGAUGGGACUGUGUUGUCAUUUACGUUUUUUAAACCCACAUUGUUAUUGUCUCAAUUUGAUAUAGUACUCUAUCUUUCAUGUAGGCUAAUAGCUUAGUUUGAGAGAUAGAAUCCGGCUUCUCAUUGAUGCGCCAUGAAAUUUAAAUGCAAAGUAGUUUUAACAUCAAAUUUGAUAUUUGCUUGGAUGUCACACUCGUUACCAUUAACAUAACCUUACCCUGCAGUUUUUCGAAAUACACCUAGUAACAUUUCUAUAACAUUUGCAAUUUGCCCUUGACCUUUGACCUUUUGAUCUUUGGGCUUUCUGGCUAAAGGCCGACGUCUACUUCAGUCUUAUUGGUUGCUUCCGCGUGCGCUGUGUAGUCGCCAGAUCUGAUUGGCUCCUGACAGCUUGUUUACGCGAAGUCACUUUGCAAUCACAGCCCAACGUGAUCUUAAAAUACGCAUGCGUAAGCUCGGUUGCGCCCCCGCAAAGACUAAAGUGAUGGUAUGCAAUAUAAGUGAUGGCUACCAUCUCCAAAUUAUUUUGUGAUCCACAGUAUUUUUACCUUAUUUUCACCCAAGCUGUUGACGUGUACUAGUAUACCCGCAGAAUAAACCUAUUUAACAUUUGAUGUCCGGAGAAUAUUUUCCCAGGUAAUUCGAGUAAAACAUAUAUAAUUUUAUUCUCAGUAUCUGUUUCGUAAUAUGAUUGAUGUUGGUAUGACGUCAUAGGAGCUAAUUUCAGAAUGUUCGAAUUGUGACCAUAUGAUCUGAUGCUCUAAACAUUAUAGAAUACCCCUUGAGUAUGAAUAAUCAGUAAUUCUGUUGCAAACUGUCUGAGAUUUGAGGAAGGAAAGACCUCAAGUUUGCUAUAGUUUUGUUGUUUUGACAUGGUUGAAAAUUUUCGAGCGAAGACCAAGUUUUACUGUGAUUUCAUAGGAACUUCUAAUGGUGUGCUUGUUUGAUUAAAUCUUUUCCCAUUGCGUGGAAUCUAGUUGCAUUUCAAACUUGAGGCAGAUCGGCACAUUAUUGUCCCACAGACAGUUUCUCAUUGGUAGGUCAAAAUUCAGAAUGAAUUCAUUGCCAUAAAAAGGUUUUAUGUGACUCGAAAAAUAGUAACAACAGAUUUCCAUUUUAAACAAUAGAUAGAUAAAUGGUUAUACGUCUCGCUUUGAUGAAAAAUCUCAUAACUUUUUUAUUUGUCCUCACCUGUUUUGAGACACUAUCCUGCCUUGAAGUGUAAUCUACAAUAAAAAGUUGUGUCCAAGCCCCCCCAAGCCCCCCUCCAACCAACCUUAAACAAAUUAACCGAUCUGUAGAUAAAUUUGUUUUCUCGCAUGUAGGAUAGUUAUAAGGAUUGUUCGAUAAUAAAUUAAGAUGACUACAUUUCUGUAUCAAACCGCACUAUUUAGAUUUUAAAGUCUUGUUAUGUUGUCAGUGCUUUUGUAUUUCAAAUGGGGAUGAUACUGUAAAAAUAAGGUUCGUUUAUAGAUCGUUUUCAACCGUUAAGAUGUUUAUGUGUAAACCAAUUUUCGUCCACAAUUUUUAGCCAGUUGAAGAAGAAUGCUUAUUUCCUUCGCUAAAUAGAGAUAGAUGUAACAAUGUAAACAUAAAGCUGGGUAGUUUGCCCAUUUCACGGAUACUCGAUUCAA